UCAAUUUAUACAGUAAAACGCGCGUAUAAACCUGUUUUAUAGUUAUGUAUUUAACUGUUCAUGUGUUAUCGUAUUCCCGUUUUUAUUCUCUGUAAACAUCGCGCUGGAACAACAUAUACUGUUCUAAAGAAAAAGUCACCAGUGUACAGUUAUCUUUAGAUACUUCUUGAUUCGGUUUUUAUCUUUGCCUAUAUAAGAGAUGAUAGUGUGUGUUCUUUAAGACGAUACGAAAUGUUGUUACGCACUGUGUUGGUAGGAGUUUUGUGUGUUUGUGUGGGUGUAAGCACGAAAGAUCGGUCAUGCUACUGGAGGGCAGAAUGCCAGGAAACGUUAUUUGCGACGAGGACUCCCUAUGAUGCUGUACGAGGGGAUAUACGGGACUGGCCCUUACUUGCGGGUUGUGAAGCAAUCAGCAUGUGGGCACUAGUUCGUCAUGGCAACCGGAACCCUGGUGAUAAAGAGACUAUCAACAUGCGAGAACUGCAGGCUCGGAUUAAGGAUGAAAUCAUCGAGCACUUUGAUUACGAGAUGGGAUCCAGCCAAUUAUGUGCACAGGAUAUAGAAAACUUUCGCAAAUGGAAGUGGAACGCAACAAUGGAGACAUCACAGAAGUAUCUCACUGGAAUAGGAUAUGAGGAGAUAUACCAGCUGGGUUCUCGGAUACUGCAGAAGUACCCACAACUUUUGGAUUUCCCAAAUUUUUCCCAAUUUGAUGUGUACGUGCGACCCACAUAUAAACAGCGAACUGUCACCAGUGCCAUGGCUUUUCUUCAGGCCUUCAAUGAGGGCAAAGAAUUAAACCUGACGGCUGACGUGCCUAGAGAACAGGAUGACGUAUUAAGACCUUACGACAACUGUCCGCAAUAUAAAGACGAAGUGAAAAAUGGACAGCUCCUCAGCGACCAGCUUGAAGCCUUCUUCAAAACAACUGAGUAUUUGCAAGUACAGAAAAGUGUCACAGAACGUUUGGCACUAUCACAGACGUUAUCUGUAGAAGAAAUUUUUACAUUAUACGAACUCUGCCGUUUCUAUCGUACAUGGUCUCCAGACCUUAAGAGCCCUUGGUGCGCUGCCUUUUCCUCUAGUGAUCUGCUAGUUCUGGAAUAUAGAGAUGACGUUCGUCACUACUACAAGAACGCCUAUGGCUUUCCGAUCAACGCAAAACUUGGUUAUCCAGUACUGAAGAAUCUAUACGAAAGUUUAGAAUUGGCCAAACGAGGAGAGGGCAAAAGCAUAGUAGCAUACUUUGCCCAUGAUACUCUCCUGGGUAUGGUCUACAGUGCCCUCGGACUAUAUAAAGAUGGCGAAACUAUUACAGCGCAACAUAGAAACCCUUACAGGACUUGGAGGACCUCUCACCUCGCUCCAUUUUCCGCUAAUAUUAUGGCUUACUUAAAUAGAUGUAACGAUGGCUCCUACAAGGUACAAAUAUUUAACAACGAGAAGCCGACAAUCCUAUGUCCUCUUGAAGGUUGCACCUGGGACCAGUUUGCCUCCAUCUUCCAAGCCUUCACUGACGCCAAUCUAGACUUUUGCAAACUAAAAGAAUUAGGAAUUCCGAAUGUCCCUGGAAGUGCUGCGGAAUUUACGUCGCUAACUGGUUUACUUUUUCUGACGCUCUCCAUCAUCAUCCUUCGAAUAUGAUAAUGGUUUCCAAAUAUAUAAUUAGUGAAAUUUUUGUAUAUUUUAUACUUUUUAUUACAAAAAUGUGUAUGUAUGGCGUGUUUAGUAUGGUAACUUUAAGAUUUACUAUAUUAAUUUAAUAAUAUAAAAUUCUUGUGUUCAA